UUGGCUGUUUCUUAGUUCUGUGCGCGCUGUACGGUGGAAUAGUCUAUUUCUCUUCUUUACGCGCAUCUGGACGCGACUCUCCCCGCGUCAAACCCGAUCAUGAGGUCUCCGGGGGUCUUCAUCGGUCUACGGAGCUGCUGGGUCACCGACGGGAUCCGGUAAUACGAACACCCCUCUCUAUCCCACCCCACGCCCACGCGGACAGAAUCUGGGUUUUGCGCACUUGGCGCUGCUGCUGCAUUCACUCUGCCGCGCGCGUACCGGUUCCGCGAUGGUUCUGUGUCGCCUGCGCGUCUGAUGAGUCCGCCAGCACCGGCAGCAGCAUGUCCUCGCGGAAGAUCUCCUCCGAAUCUUUCAGCUCCAUGGGCUCGGACUACCUGGAGAGCCCCGGAGAGGACGGAGAGUGCCCGUUCUCGCGCGUCUUCUGGAACGGCAGGAGCCCCGUGGAGACGCUCUCGUGUCCGUUCGAGGACGCGGCCGUCAGCAGGAGGAUCGCCCGGCGUAAACGCGUCAAUCUGGACUCUCUCGGGGAGAGUUUGAGACGCCUCACCUCACCGACGACCCAGACAAUUCAGCUGGCCCUGCAGAGAACAGUGGAGUUUUACAGACAGAGGGAAAUAAGUGGACAAGAGUUUGUAGGAAGCUUGUCAGAUGAGCAGAAGUGUUUGUUUGAGCAUUCUCGCUGUGACAGCCAGACUGACAUCUCAGGAAUACUGAAAUACACAGCAACUAUUUUAGGCGUGGACUUUUCCGACAUCCGUGGCCGAUUUGGGGAGGAAUUCUUCGGUUUGUGCCUGGAGGAGAACGAGAGGGUUCUGCGAGCUCUCGGAGGAAACCUGCAGGACUUCUUCAACGGUUUCGACGCACUUCUAGAACACAUCAGAACGUCCUGCGGCCGCCGAGCAUCGUCCGAGGCUCCUUCUUUCCUAUGCAAAGACGCUCCUCAGGAGAGCGAAGAGACGAACGCGGAGAGCGACGUGGGACGGACUCUCCUCCUCCACUGCUUCAACCCCGAUCCUACUGUGGGCGUGGCCAUGCCGGGCUUAAUCCGGGCCGCCGCCCGUCGCAUCUACCAAUCGGACGUUUCGGUGGAGGAAGCUCCUCCCACGUGGCUGCACACGGCCAAUGAGGACGGCGAGCUCUCGACGGACUCCUCCCCCUCUUCAUCCCCAUCUCCGCCCUCGUCUUCAUCUCCUGCCUGUUUGUCCUUCCUCAUUCGAGAGGUUCGGACUCAACCCGCAUCCUCGUCGUCGCACACCGCCGCCACAUCUCGCCAGCUGUCGCGCUCGCCGCUGGAUUUGCGCAUCGGUCUGAGCACGUUUUGCCGGGCCUUUCCCUUUCACCUAGUUCUGGGACCCAACAUGGAGGUCCUGCAGGUCGGGGAGGGGCUUCGGAAACAGGCCAAGAGCGACCAGCACCGGACGCUCACCUUCAGCAACAGCUUUGAGCUGGUUUCUCCCAGAAUCCCCUGCUCCUUCCAGAACAUUCUGCUCCGGCUGUCCACGCCGUUCACCAUUCGUACACGACCUGACGGGUCGGCACUCGACAGCAGAGAGAAGGUGAUGGAGCUCAAAGGUCAGAUGCUUCACCUCCCAGAAUCCCACUCCAUCAUUUUCCUGGGCUCGCCGCGUGUCGAUAGGCUGGAGGAGCUCAUGGGGCGGGGCUUACAUCUGUCUGACAUCCCUAUUCAUGACGCCACACGUGAUGUCAUUCUGGUUGGAGAACAGGCCAAAGCUCAGGAUGGGCUGAAGAAACGCAUGGAUAAACUCAAAGCCACCCUGGAGAAAACCCACCAGGCUUUAGAGGAGGAGAAGCACAGAACCGUCGACCUGCUCUACUCCAUCUUUCCCGGCGAUGUGGCUCAGAGACUCUGGCAGGGCCUUCCGGUUCAGGCCAAGAAGUUUGAUGACGUCACCAUGCUGUUCUCUGACAUCGUGGGCUUCACGGCCGUGUGUGCGCAGUGCACGCCAAUGCAGGUCAUCAGCAUGCUGAACGAGCUCUACACGCGCUUCGACUACCAGUGCGGCAUCCUGGACGUCUAUAAGAUUGAGACUAUCGGCGAUGCGUACUGCGUGGCAGGCGGGCUCCACAGGAAGAUUGACAGCCACGCUAAGCCAAUCGCGCUCAUGGCGCUGAAGAUGAUGGAGCUGUCGGAGGAAGUGCUGACGCCUGACGGGAAGCCAAUCAAACUGAGGAUCGGGAUCCACUCGGGCUCAGUGCUGGCUGGAGUCGUCGGUGUGAAGAUGCCACGCUACUGUCUGUUUGGAAACAAUGUCACGCUGGCCAGCAAGUUUGAGUCGGGCAGUCACCCACGCUGCAUCAACGUCAGCCCUACUACAUACCAACUCCUGCGUGACGAGCGCACGUUCACCUUCAUCCCUCGCUCCCGGCAGGAGCUUCCCGACAACUUCCCCAAAGAGAUCCCGGGAAUCUGCUAUUUCCUGGAGGCGGGGAAAACCCAGAGCCACGCCCCUCUCACCAGCACUCGCUCCGCCCCCAUCCGGAAAGUGUCCUAUAGCAUUGGGACCAUGUUUCUACGGGAGACUAGCCUCUGAGACGGCCCCACCCAUUCGCUGUGACAUCACGUCCUGUAGACUAGUGUUGCCUGUGGCAACU